GGAGAGUCGGGGGCAGCACAAACAAAGGAAGCCGUUGAGGAGGACAAUGCAAGGAAACCAGGCAUGACUACCUUGGCAUCAACGGCUCCUGUAACGUAAUGGCUAAAUGAUUUAUCAUCCUAAUGGCCAUGGAACUUUUCCUGCAAUAAUUUGGUGUUGAGGAACAGAAAAAUCACGUCAGUGAGGCACGUUUUAUAGGCUGUUGUAAAAAUCGAUUUGAAAUUAACAGCCAUUUAAUUAAUAAACUACAGCGAUUUUUUUUCACUGCACACUCACCGCUAGUUAUUUCCAAGCGCUGGAAUAUUUUUUUCACUCCAAAAUUAUAUAUUUUUUCGAUAAAUUAUGAACGGGUUCCAAAACGGUGCUCCGGACUCUUUACCGGUGGGGAGCGUCUCUGCCAUCGAGGGACUCCCUCCGCUACCUAAAGGCCUCAGCGGUAUCCUGAACUCCAGCGGCGGCUCAUGGAGAGACAUAGAGAAAGUCUACAGCAAAAGGACUCGCAUCCAGGCAGAUAUCACCAAAUCUCGCUUUAGUGAUUCGCUUGGACACAGCAAGCCCGCUAGUCUAGACGCGGCACUUGCUGUGCUGCGCAAAGAAAUGGUGGGUUUGAGGCAGCUGGAUAUGUCCCUCCUGUGCCAGCUGUGGUGUCUCUACGAGUCUAUCCAGGAGUACAAGGGAGCCUCCCUGAUGUCUGACAGCGCCUUCACCACAGAGAACGGCUACUCUGAAGACGAGGAUGAUGAGGAAGAGGAGGAGGAGGAAAACCCAUCUGGGGUCCCCACAAGUGCCUCUCUCUCUCUCCCACCCACACAGAACUCCAGAGACCAGUGGAUCAAAGAUUCAUUUCACAUCCCCAUAUAGAUUCCCAUGUAAACCAUCACCAGCAGUAGCGACUCUCUGCCUCAAUUUUUUCUUCUUCAGGUCAUGUAUUCCUGCCAGACAUAAUUUCCAGUAUCCUUCUCCUUUCAUUUGGCAGCUGUUACGUCCACAGAGCUAUUAUUUAAACACCACAGCCCAAUUUACAGUUUGGAAUUGUCUGAUUGUCAUUCGGAACAUUGUUUACAAAUUGCCAUGACUAGCAUUGUACUGGCAUCGCUUCUAUGGAUUUGACCAUGGUAUAAUUAUCCUCACUAAAAUGCUGGAUGUUGGUACAAAAGCUGAAGUCACUGAAGUCUGUCAUUUAUUGGUAUCCAAUCAUUCUUAAUUCUCUAUAUUUAUAAGAUUGUAAGAGUCUGCGAAGACUGAUGUGAAUACACACAUAUUGUCUGAUAUCAAGGCUUCAUAUCUGAUCUUCAACAUGGUUUUCUACUGUACACUUGACUGAAUGUAGUGAUGGACAGUCACACAGUAUCUAUACUGUAACAAUGAUUUGCAUAUUUGUCGGUUUGGAUAUGUUUUACAAAACCAGAUUUUAAAAUAAAAUCAUGAG